AAGAAGGUUCCUGGUGAAGCUCUCUGGAGAACCAGACACAUAAACAGAGGAUUGUGGUAUUGAGUGAUAGCAGCGGCAAGCUACAAAUUAUAAAGCUGAACUUGUCUUAACAAGCUCUCCAGGCAAUUCUGAUACUGCAGAAGUUGGAGACCCACUCUGAUGGUGGAAAGCAAAAAGGACUUUGGAGCAGGGAGCCAAUGCAACUGAGCCACCCUUGAGAUACUGUCUUAUAUAAAUCACAAUCAUAGUCCCUUCCCUGCUAGACUCUAAAUGGGGUGCUUUCUGGUAAUUCACAAGAAUCAAAUACAAAUGUAUCUUGUCUCUAAGAAAAUUGAAGAACUUUGAGGGCAAGGCUGAUUCUUCAUUUAUUUUUCUUCACUUAUUUUCAGAUGUCCAUCAACACAGUACUUUCACAAGCAUUGAAAUUUAAGUAGCUAAUUCAGAAAUAAGACCAACUUMGUGCAAGGCUUAUAUAUUCACAAAUUUUCAUAACAUCGUGGUCAGACAUUCAUAAAACUUCCUAUUUUCACCAUUAAAAAUGGUGUAUAGUUCGGCAGAUUAAGCACAUUCACAUUGUUGUGCAACAUCAACACCAUCUAGAACUUUUACCCCUUCCCAGAUUGCAACUAUCCAUUAAGCAAUUAUUGGUAUCUUUUGUUUUUUUCUAAUGGGAAUUUUUCCUAUUGAUUUAUAUUAGUUUAUUUUAGGGAGACAAACUUUUUUAAAAUACUCUAUUCGUGGUGAUUUUUUUAUACAAUAUUUUGGAAAAUUUUUAAUUUUUCAUGGAAUCAUAAAAUCAUGUUUAAGAAUCCUUUUCAUCAAAUCCUGUAUGAUUUGUUGCCAUCCUUGAAGUUCUUUGCCAACUCAACGUUAGGAAUACAUAAGCUUAGUUUCUUCUAGACCUGUUUUUUUAACACUGAGAUAUUUAAUUCAUAUAGGACAUAUUAAAAGUACACUCAGAUGUAUUUUUCUCCCAAAUGGUUCUGCUGUUCCAAUGUCAUUUCGUGGAUUCCCGCUACUGAUUUAAAUGUCAUCUUUUUAUACUACUCCCUCCAUGUGCUAGUAAUUUACUCCCAGAUCACWGGUCUAGUACCUUGGGAACUUACUACUGUCCUGUUAUACCUUAAUGCCCAAAGGCAUCAUCACUAAUUUAACCGACUCUAUUACUAGCCUUUGGGAAGUUUCUCAUCCUCCCAUAAUGCAGUUUUGGGCUUAGUGAAGUAAAUUCUCUGCCUCAGUAAUUCAGGUUGCGCAAAUUAUCAAUUCACAUUUUUGUUGGUCUCCAUUAUUGGAGAAUUGGCCAUAUCCUGUAAGCUCGGGUUGAGGAUUAUUAAGGUAAGACUUCCGACCUACACCAGAGGGCGCAGUUUCCAGGCUCGGCCUCGGUCACAUCCGGUUUCCUCCCCAAGUUCAGUCGAGAACAGGCGGAACCUUUCUGACGUGCCUCGGUUGAACAUACGCGGCGGGGACAGUUUAGGCCACCGAGUACCGCUGUUAAGGCGUGCUGCAGUCUGUUUGGGGCGGUGCAGGUGUGCGUGAAGGUUUUGUCUGUUUCUUCCUUUGUCGUGACCGACAUGGACGUGCUAGCGGAGGAAUUUGGAAACCUGACCCCGGAGCAGCUGGCAGCGCCGAUCCCGACUGUAGAGGAAAAAUGGAGGCUGCUUCCAGCAUUUUUAAAGGUGAAAGGCCUUGUGAAACAGCACAUAGACUCAUUUAACUAUUUCAUUAAUGUAGAGAUAAAGAAGAUAAUGAAAGCUAAUGAAAAAGUUACAAGCGAUGCUGACCCCAUGUGGUACUUAAAAUAUCUUAAUAUCUAUGUUGGGCUUCCUGAUGUUGAAGAAAGCUUCAAUGUAACUAGACCAGUGUCUCCCCAUGAGUGCCGCUUGAGGGACAUGACAUAUUCUGCCCCCAUUACAGUGGAUAUUGAAUACACCCGAGGCAGCCAGAGGAUCAUCCGCAAUGCCUUACCCAUUGGCAGGAUGCCCAUAAUGUUGCGAAGUUCAAAUUGUGUUCUUACAGGGAAAACACCAGCAGAAUUUGCCAAACUAAAUGAAUGUCCUUUAGACCCAGGUGGCUACUUCAUUGUUAAAGGAGUUGAAAAAGUCAUUCUUAUCCAAGAACAACUGUCUAAGAACAGAAUCAUCGUGGAGGCAGAUAGGAAAGGGGCUGUGGGAGCUUCUGUUACCAGCUCCACCCAUGAGAAGAAAAGUAGGACGAACAUGGCUGUGAAGCAGGGGCGGUUUUACCUGAGGCAUAACACCUUGUCUGAAGAUAUACCCAUUGUCAUCAUAUUUAAGGCCAUGGGUGUUGAAAGUGACCAGGAAAUUGUGCAGAUGAUUGGAACAGAGGAGCAYGUGAUGGCUGCAUUUGGGCCCAGUUUGGAGGAGUGCCAGAAAGCUCAGAUUUUCACACAGAUGCAGGCCCUAAAAUACAUAGGGAAUAAAGUAAGAAGGCAAAGGAUGUGGGGAGGUGGACCAAAGAAAACCAAAAUAGAAGAAGCAAGAGAGCUCCUGGCUUCUACCAUCCUGACCCAUGUUCCAGUUAAGGAAUUCAAUUUUCGAGCCAAAUGCAUCUAUACUGCAGUGAUGGUCCGAAGAGUUAUUCUGGCCCAAGGAGAUAACAAAGUUGAUGACAGAGACUAUUAUGGUAAUAAGCGGUUGGAAUUGGCAGGACAGCUUUUAUCUCUUCUUUUUGAAGAUUUGUUCAAAAAAUUUAAUUCUGAAAUGAAGAAGAUUGCAGACCAGGUGAUUCCUAAACAAAGAGCAGCCCAGUUUGACGUUGUGAAACACAUGCGCCAAGACCAGAUCACCAAUGGCAUGGUGAAUGCCAUUUCCACUGGAAAUUGGUCUCUAAAGAGAUUUAAAAUGGACCGUCAAGGUGUGACCCAAGUCUUGUCACGCUUGUCAUACAUAUCUGCACUGGGCAUGAUGACAAGAAUCUCUUCCCAGUUUGAAAAAACCAGGAAAGUGAGUGGUCCUCGCUCCCUCCAGCCAUCUCAGUGGGGAAUGCUCUGUCCUUCGGACACUCCUGAAGGAGAGGCCUGCGGUUUGGUUAAAAAUUUGGCCCUUAUGACACACAUCACAACUGAUAUGGAAGAUGGACCCAUUGUUAAAUUAGCCAGUAACUUGGGAGUAGAAGAUGUGAAUUUAUUAUGUGGAGAAGAACUCUCUUAUCCAAAUGUGUUUCUCGUCUUUCUCAAUGGUAACAUUCUGGGUGUCAUUCGAGAUCAUAAAAAGCUAGUGAAUACAUUUCGACUGAUGCGAAGAGCAGGAUAUAUCAAUGAAUUUGUUUCCAUCUCAACAAAUCUUACAGAUCGGUGUGUUUAUAUUUCCUCUGAUGGAGGAAGACUGUGCAGACCUUACAUAAUUGUUAAGAAACAGAAGCCAGCAGUCACAAAUAAGCAUAUGGAAGAGCUGGCUCAGGGGUACAGGAAUUUUGAAGAUUUCUUACAUGAGAGUCUGGUAGAAUAUUUAGAUGUGAAUGAAGAAAAUGAUUGUAACAUUGCACUCUAUGAACAUACAAUUAAUAAAGAUACCACCCACUUGGAGAUUGAACCCUUCACUCUUCUCGGCGUUUGUGCUGGCCUGAUCCCAUAUCCUCAUCAUAACCAGUCCCCAAGAAACACCUAUCAGUGUGCCAUGGGGAAACAAGCCAUGGGUACCAUUGGAUACAACCAGAGAAAUAGGAUUGAUACUCUCAUGUAUCUGCUAGCAUAUCCACAAAAGCCCAUGGUUAAAACAAAAACCAUUGAGCUGAUAGAAUUUGAGAAAUUGCCUGCAGGACAGAAUGCGACGGUUGCUGUGAUGAGUUACAGUGGUUACGAUAUCGAAGACGCUCUUGUUUUAAACAAGGCCUCCUUGGACCGAGGCUUUGGACGGUGCCUGGUAUAUAAAAAUGCCAAGUGUACAUUGAAACGGUACACCAAUCAAACUUUUGAUAAAGUGAUGGGGCCCAUGUUGGAUGCUGCUACAAGGAAACCUAUCUGGCGACAUGAGAUUUUAGAUGCAGAUGGUAUCUGUUCUCCAGGUGAGAAAGUAGAAAACAAACAAGUGCUUGUAAACAAGUCCAUGCCCACAGUGACUCAGAUUCCUUUGGAAGGAAGUAAUGUGCCACAGCAACCACAGUACAAAGACGUGCCCAUAACUUACAAAGGGGCAACAGAUUCAUACAUUGAGAAGGUGAUGAUAUCUUCCAAUGCUGAAGACGCUUUUCUGAUUAAAAUGUUACUGAGACAGACAAGGCGACCAGAGAUCGGAGACAAAUUCAGCAGUCGUCAUGGACAAAAAGGUGUUUGUGGUUUGAUCGUCCCCCAGGAGGAUAUGCCAUUUUGUGAUUCUGGCAUCUGUCCGGACAUCAUAAUGAACCCACAUGGCUUCCCAUCGAGAAUGACGGUGGGAAAGUUAAUUGAGCUGCUGGCCGGCAAGGCGGGUGUGUUAGAUGGCAGGUUCCACUACGGUACUGCAUUCGGAGGGAGUAAAGUGAAGGAUGUAUGUGAGGACCUCGUUCGCCAUGGUUAUAACUACUUAGGGAAGGACUAUGUCACAUCUGGCAUCACAGGAGAGCCUUUGGAAGCUUACAUCUAUUUCGGUCCUGUGUACUAUCAGAAACUGAAACACAUGGUGCUGGAUAAAAUGCAUGCCCGGGCCCGGGGACCACGAGCCGUCCUUACCAGGCAGCCCACUGAAGGGCGAUCUCGUGAUGGUGGCUUGCGUCUUGGAGAAAUGGAACGUGACUGUUUAAUUGGCUAUGGAGCCAGUAUGCUUCUGCUAGAGAGACUAAUGAUUUCAAGUGAUGCCUUUGAGGUUGAUGUCUGUGGGCAGUGUGGACUUCUGGGGUAUUCCGGCUGGUGCCAUUACUGCAAGUCAUCGUGCCACGUGUCUUCCCUCCGCAUUCCGUAUGCCUGCAAGCUGCUCUUCCAGGAGCUGCAGUCUAUGAACAUUAUCCCCAGGUUAAAACUKUCCAAGUACAAUGAAUGAGAUGGAGAAGGUGGGUGAGUGAAAGCAGUGGAUGGUAAGUUUGAUGCCAUGGAAAGCAGAAGGGACUGAGAACUGUUUCUGAGAACGACUUCUGGGAUUAUUUUCUCUCAAAAACAAACAGAACUGAUGGAGAAGCUUUGUUGUUCUAGAAGACUGACUAGACAGCCUUCAUCAGUGAGCCCGGAGCCACGGGAGAAAUGCUGAUGACAUGGACUGCAGUGCAUUGGAUCCACAGUGGACAUGACCUAAAGGAUAAAUAAGCUUUUAUUUAUGAUCUGUAGCUUGAAAUCUACUCAGUAGAGAGACCUUACUCCUUAAAAAGAAAGUUUGGGUUUAAAUUCCCCACGAUAUCUUCUGGUUAACAAAACUUAAGGUUCUCAGGAACCUUUGAGGAUGAGAAGAAUCACCUGAGUUCAUUCCUGGACUCAAGUUGAGGUGUGUGAUUGUGAGCAGGGUGUGGAGGCAGCAGGGCUGUGGGAAGCUGAGAUGAAUCCGUAAAGUGCUGGGUUUCUUAUCUGGUUCUGUGAGGGGAUAAAUUUUCCCAACAAUUAAAUCUUGCCAUCUCACGCCCAAACUUUGUGAAAAAAAUUUACAAAAAAAAUCUUGGGGAAAUACAAUAAAUAUAUUCUUGUAAGCAGGAAUAUCACUUUUCUUAUGGACCYAGUUGUACUAUUUUGAACCUCAGUCAUACCAUAAAAUAAUGUUUAUUAAAUGUCUGAACA